AUGACACUGGUGAGAGAGAGAAGGCACCAACAAGCACUAAGGCUCUCCCCACUGCCACCGGAUGUUACUCCGGUAGCAGCUGAUCAUUUCAGGCAGCAGAGGACUACUGCUCCUACUUCUACUCCUGACUCUCCAGCCAAUGUGGAAAACCUCUCUGACCUUGAGAAACUGGAAGUUCUUGGACAUGGCAAUGGCGGCACUGUUUAUAAAGUGUGUCACAUGAAAACCUCAACCAUUUACGCGUUGAAAGUCCUCCGUUUCGACCACAAUGGCACCGGUAUCUUGCAACAAGCGGCCCGUGAGGCGGAGAUCCUUAAGCUAGUGGACUCACCCUAUGUCAUUAGAUGCCAUGGGGUUUUUGACAAUAAUGGCUUCAUGAGUAGUACUAGUGAUCACAAUGAUGGUGGGGGUGAUUUGUGUUUUGUGAUGGAGUAUAUGGAAGGAGGCUCGCUGCUCGAUGUGCUGCGAGCACGCCAGAGAUUGCCUGAGCACGUAAUCUCUAGCGUGGCAAAGCGUGUCCUUCAAGGACUGCACUAUCUGCAUGCCAUGCAGAUAGUGCAUAGGGACAUAAAGCCCUCAAACCUGCUCAUAAAUGGUAGAGGCCAAGUGAAAAUUGCAGAUUUCGGGGUGAGCCAUGUUGUGGCAGGUGCCCGUGAGGCGUGCGACUCCUACAUGGGCACUUACGCUUACAUGAGCCCCGAAAGGUUUGAUCCAGAGCGGUGGGGCGGUGAUAAUGCGGAUGGGUUUGCCGGUGAUGUGUGGUCACUUGGAUUGGUGGCGUUGCAAUGUCACAUGGGUCAUUUCCCACUGAUUACUCCUGAGCAGAAACCAGAUUGGGCAACUUUAAUGUGUGUGAUAUGCUUUGGAGAGGAGGUGGAGAUGCCGGAGACGGCAUCCCCGGAAUUUCGGAGUUUCAUUUGGAGAUGUGUGGAGAAGGAUUGGAGGAAGAGAGCAACUGUUGAUGAGCUUCUUGACCACCCUUUUGUCAAUAAAACUUGCUGCUCUUCCACUGACGACUUGGUUGAUUAUGUUUAAUUGCUUUGCUUGCUUUAUUAGUUCAUUUCCUUCUUAUUCUUCUUUUCUUCUCUUAUCUUUCCUUCCACUAGAUUUUCUAAGGUUUUAAAUAAUUUUAUCCUAUUUUUAAAAGCGAGCUACAUUCUCUUUUAUCUUCUUUUUUCUACUUCUCUUUUACCUUCUUUUGAAAGUUCAAAAAAAAAAAAAAAGAAGGGUAAAUUUUUAGAAACACCUAAAACUAUGUCUUUUACCACUGACAUUUUCUUUUAAAGAUGGGGGAGAACCUGGAAUUAAGGUAAAAGAAAAUUGUGGCUUGUUUGCUUUGCGCAUGAUUGUCUACGUUUUUUGUUUUUUGUUUUCCAACAAAUAAUACAAUAGAUUAUGGAAGACUAUUGAACUGCCAUUGUCAUAGUCCAGAAUACACUUGCUCAACUUAAUAUGAUGUUAUUUGUGUUGAUCUUGGGACAUACGACCAAUCCAACAUGAUCACCCCACCGAUGGUCUACAAUCUACUACACAGACCUCAGCCAGCCAGUCCAUAUAUUGUUGAUUGGCCGGAAACAAAGUUCCAUCACGAUUCCAUACUCUAUCGAUAGAAGCAUUCUAGCCUAUUUUGAUUUAGUCUCAGAGGAGCGAGUUCCGAUUGCAGACUCCCCCAACAACCUCACGUUAUCUCACGGCUCAAA